CGAAUGAAGCUCAAACAAGAUGAGAACUUGAUCAGACAAAAUGAAGAGAAGCUCAAAAAAGUGCUUGAUGUGUAUGAAAAGAGGCUCGGAGAGAGUCAGUACUUGGCUGGAGAUGAAUUCACUUUGGCCGAUCUCUCUCACUUUCCAAACAUCCAAUACUUGGUGAAUGGGACAGACAGAGCAGAGCUCUUCACUUCAAGAGAGAACGUGGGAAGGUGGUGGGGUGAGAUAUCCCGAGAAUCAUGGAAGAAGGUAGUUGAAAUGCAGAACUCACCCUCUCCCUCCUAGGACUUGUUGAAAUCAUUUGUUUUGGUAGAUUGUAUUAAUGUGUCGUUUCUAAUGUUGUGACUUCUCUGUUGUCCAGUUAAGACCAUCUACAUCCACAUCUGUGGUUUGAAUAAAGUUUACUAGUUUAGACUUCCUACGGCA